AUGCCAUUCCCACCUGCAACCCGGCCGAGAAUCCUGUCUGGAGAAGAUGCAGAGAAGAAGUCGCUGUGUCCGGCUGGUGACAAGAAGAGUUCGGUUAAUUACAGACUGAAGCAGCUGGGCAAGAAAGCCACGCAGUACAAAAGCAAGCUACCCACCAGCUGUGCCACUGCCGGGUCACGACCCAAGGGCAAAAGUGCCUGGAUCACGACCCCACAGCCUGAUGACUCCUCAAGCUACUUUACCAACGCCUCUGGGAUUUAUUCCUUGGGAAACAGCUCUGGCAAAAGUGUCACAACGACAAAUUCUAGCAGAGGUACAUCACUGAAGACCAGCAGGACACCAACUCGCACCUCAGCCACCUUCUCGACAGAUUCACGCAGCCCAAAAGCCUCGUUAGGAAGCUCAGGUUCAGGAAACGGGAACGGCGAGGCCGUGAGCUUCUCGCUGUGCCUGACUCCCGAGGCUGUGCUGCUUCUGCAGAGGCGCAGUUAUGAACGGCAGCUCCGGGCGGCACGUGGAAGCUCUGGCAAGGCAGCGAACCAUCAGAAAGAACUAUCGGGCAAAUGUGGGACUCGGACCAACAUCCCACUAGUGAAAGUGUCUCUUCUGAAUGACCAUCAUCGAUACGAUGACAUGGAGUAUGAAGAAGCAGUGGAGCAGGUGGUGGACCAGAGCGUGCUGCUGAAAUGUGCCGAAUGGUUGCGCGGCGUAGAAAAGGCUGCAGGGGCUGCAACACUCGGCAAAGCAGUGAAGAGCAGCCAGAAGACUAUCUAG